AUGCCGGCGAAAUUGCCCGUGGCCGACACCCGCUUCAUCUGCGUGCAAUGCCGGAAAACCCUGAGCAGCUCAGCCCGACGGCGACGACUCGUAUCCACCAAUGCAUUCUCAGCAUCAGCAGCAUCGUCAUCAACUCCUGAGGUCUUCGAUAUCGUGACCGUCGGCGGCGGACCAGCUGGCCUCGCCCUCCUCGCAGCGUUGAAGUCAUCGCCCAUCACAUCCCAUCUGAAAACGGCACUGAUCGAGACCCAAGACCUGUCCAAGCUGCGCCAAUGGAGCUCGUCGGAAGACCGGUACUCGAACCGCGCCAGCAGCUUGACCCCCUCGUCGAUGUCGUUCCUCGAGAAGGAGGCGGGCGCGUGGGACCACGUCGACCAGUCCCGCGUGCAGGCCUACGACGAGAUGCAGGUCUGGGACGCCUCCAACGACGCCUCCAUCCAGUUCGACUGGACGGCCGAGACCAGCAAAUAUAACGCGCCGCCGCGGACCGUGGCCACCAUGACCGAGAACGCCAAUCUGACGCGAGCCCUCCUGGAACGCAUCGCCCAGCUCGGGGCCGAAGCGUCCCUGUUCUCCAGCACCAGCGUCGCGUCCAUUACGAACGGCGACGACGACCCCAACGGCCUCAACCUGUCCACCUGGCCGGUGUUGCGGCUUGAAUCAAAACCGGCCCCUCAGGCCCCGUCAUCGUCACCAUCACGUCCGUCCACCAUCGCAGCCCGCCUGCUCGUGGGCGCCGACGGCUUCAACUCGCCCGUGCGCACCUUCGCCGGCAUAUCGUCGCACGGGUGGGACUACCACCGGCACGGCGUGGUGGCCACGCUCACCGUGCAACCCGCCGACACCGACAUCAGCGCCAGUGCAGCUGAGGAUUUCGACUUCGACCUCUUCUCGGCGGAGCCCCAGGCCAACCGCGCCACAGCGUACCAACGUUUCCUGCCCGACCUGGGCGGGCCCGUCGCCGUGCUGCCCCUCCCGAACAACCACGCCUCGCUCGUGUGGUCCACCACGCCCGCGAACGCCGCCUACCUGAAGUCUCUACCGCCCGCCGCGCAACGGGCCAUGAUCAACGCCGCCCUGCGCCUGUCGCAGACUGACAUCCAGUACAUGUUCACGCUCCCUGCCGGCACCUCGUCGGAUCCGGAGGGACAACAACACGAGGACGAACUCCAGUGGCGCCUCCAACACACGCCCGCCCCGAGCAUCUCGCGCCCGGUCCCUCUCGUCACGUCCGUGCAGGAGAAUACGCUCGCCUCGUUCCCGCUGCGCCUGCGCCACGCCACGUCCCUGACCGGCCCGCGGGUCGCGCUGGUCGGCGACGCCGCCCACACCAUCCACCCGCUGGCCGGCCAGGGCCUGAACCUGGGCCUCGCGGACGCCGCGUGCCUGGCCGACACGGUGGCCUACGCCGUGCGCCACGGCAUGGACAUCGGCGACGGCUUCGCCUUGGAGCGCUACAACGCCGCGCGAUUCGGCCGCGGGCUCGUCAUGGCCGGCGGCGUCGACGCCCUGCACUGGACGUAUCAGAUGGGCAGUGGAAGUGGUGGUUCGGGCGGUAUCGUGAGCAGCGUGCUCGCCCGUGCCAGGGGCCUGGGCAUGAAUGUCGUGGAAUCGGGCCUUGUGCCCGGCUUGAAGAGUCUGAUCAUGAAGCAGGCCACUUAG